GCGGCCCCCGGCGGUGCGGGCCCGCCGCCUGCGGCCACGUCGCCCGGAGGAAGCGCGCGGCGUGGAUUUCCAAACGCCGUUCUCUCUAGAUUCCAACACCCUCGGGCCUCUCCUGCGCCAGAGGAGCGCCCGGGCCGUCCGUCUCCCCCUUUGCGCUCCCCAACUUGGCGCGCCCUCCCUCCCGUCCCUCCCUGACACUCCCACCACCCCCCCUCGGCUGGCGGCGAGGCGCGAUGCCGCAGAAGACGCGCUGAGCCCUCUCGGAUCUAAUGCGCAGAGGAGGUUGGCCCAGAGCUGCCGGGCUCCCCCGAGGCUGAACUCCAUCCAAGGUGCCCGCAGGCUCCCUGCCCGCCUUCCCCAUGCCAGCCCGCAGCUAGGGGCGAGGACAGCGCGGCCGGGCUGGGGUGGGUGGGGAGCUGCCGGAGGGGACAGGCGGACGCUUGGCUAUGGAAGGCUCCAAUGGCUUUGGGAUCGACUCCAUCCUCUCCCACCGGGCGGGCAGCCCCGCCCUCCCCAAGGGGGACCCCCUGCUCGGGGACUGCCGCUCACCCCUGGAGCUGAGCCCUCGCUCGGAGAGCAGCAGCAGCAGCGGCUGCUCCUCACCGGCCUCGCCGGCAAGGGACUGCCUGGAGGCGGGCGCCCCGAGGCCUGGCGCUGGCGGGGCGCCGGGCCCGGGCCUGGACUCGCACCUGCAGCCGGGGCAGCUCUCGGCCCCAGCCCAGUCGCGCACGGUGACCUCCUCCUUCCUGAUCAGGGACAUCCUCGCCGACUGCAAGCCCCUGGCGGCCUGCGCGCCCUAUUCUAGCAGCGGGCCGCCGGCCGCCCCUGAGCCCGGGGGCCGCCUCGCACCCAAGGCGGGGGAGGACUUCAGGGACAAGCUGGACAAAGGGGGCAGCAACGCCUCGUCCGACUCCGAGUACAAAGUGAAGGAGGAGGGCGACCGGGAGAUCUCCAGCUCGCGGGACAGCCCCCCGGUGCGCCUGAAGAAGCCGCGCAAGGCGCGCACCGCCUUCACCGACCAUCAGCUGGCGCAGCUGGAGCGCAGCUUCGAGCGGCAGAAGUACCUCAGCGUGCAGGACCGCAUGGAGCUGGCCGCCUCGCUCAACCUCACCGACACGCAGGUCAAGACCUGGUACCAGAACCGCAGGACCAAGUGGAAGCGGCAGACGGCCGUGGGGCUGGAGCUGCUGGCGGAGGCGGGCAACUACUCGGCGCUGCAGCGGAUGUUCCCGUCGCCGUACUUCUACCCGCAGAGCCUGGUCUCCAACCUGGACCCGGGCGCCGCGCUGUACCUGUACCGCGGCCCCAGCGCACCGCCGCCCGCCCUGCAGCGGCCCCUGGUGCCCCGCCUGCUGCUGCACGGCCUGCAGGGCGCCGAGCCCCCGCCGCUGCCCCCGCUGGCCGGCGUGCUGCCCCGCGCCGCGCAGCCCCGGUGAGCGCCCGGUCCCCCUGCCUCCGGCCGCGCGUCCCCGGGGGCCAGAUGCCAAGUCUCCUGCAGCCGGACCCGGACCUAGGACCCCGGGCCCAGCCCCCCAGCCUCCCUGGGCCCUCCCUCUCGGCCAGCCCACGGGAGCACUGCCACCCACGGAUGUACAUACACGGCACCCCUGCAGCGCCAGGGCCACCCUGUUGUCCCUCCCAGAAGCCGCCGGGCGCCCCCAGAGGCGCUCUGCACCCCGCACUCCCGCCAGCACCCAGCCCACCCGCACGCGGCCGUGGAGGGGCGGCCGCCUGUACAUACGGUGUGCAAAGUGUAUAUGAGGUUAUUUAUUCGUGACCUGAGCCGUGACCGUGUCCGUGAGUCUGUGCCCUGUGCCCCGAGCUGCCCCCUGCAGGCGGGGCAGGAAGGGGCCGGGGCCUGCCCAGCCCUGACCCAGCC